AUGAGAGGUACUGUCAAAGACAUGAGAGGUUCUGUCAAAGACAUGAGAGGUUCUGUCAAAGACAUGAGAGGUUCUGUCAAAGACAUGAGAGGUUCUGUCAAAGACAUGAGAGGUACUGUCAAAGACAUGAGAGGUACUGUCAAAGACAUGAGAGGUUCUGUCAAAGACAUGAGAGGUUCUGUCAAAGACAUGAGAGGUACUGUCAAAGACAUGAGAGGUACUGUCAAAGACAUGAGAGGUACUGUCAAAGACAUGAGAGGUACUGUCAAAGACAUGAGAGGUACUGUCAAAGACAUGAGAGGUUCUGUCAAAGACAUGAGAGGUACUGUCAAAGACAUGAGAGGUACUGUCAAAUAA